GAUGGGCCGCUGGAGGCCCAGACUGUGCAGCGACGAUCGUUGCUUCGUUCUCCUGGUCCCAACGCCGCCGAUUAUAAAAUUUUGGUGUCAAUGAGCUCGCAGAUGUUGUUUGUGGGGGGAUCGGGGACCCUUAUCCGUCUAUUACUUGCUUCUGAUCAACGAAUUUCCUCGAUUCCAGUAGCUGAUUCAAAUUCCAGGAUCAGAUUUGAGUGAUCUUUAUUUUGCCGAGGAAGAUUUGAGUGAUCUAGGUUAGGGGGGUUGCCUGUACUAAAUUGGCAUUUUCCUUUUGCUCCAGGCGUGAUCGUUAUUGCUCAAGUCGUAGGUAAUGAUAAACAUGUUGGAUUUAAAUAGAGCCAUCUUUGAUUCGGAUCACCAAGCUGCUGGCUUGAGAGUAAUUCUGCAAAAGGAACUAAGAUACAGUGAUGUAAGCCAGCUAGGGAGAAUCGUUCUCCCGAAGAAAGAGGCAGAGGCUUACCUACCAAUUCUGACAUCAAAGGAUGGCAAAAAAAGUUUAUGUAUGCAUGAUUUGCUAAAUGCGCAACUCUGGACCUUCAAGUACAGGUACUGGCCCAACAACAAGAGCAGGAUGUAUGUACUCGAGAAUACCGGGGAUUAUGUCAGAACCCAUGAUCUUCAACUAGGAGACUCCAUUGUGAUAUACAAAGAUGAUGAGAAUAACCGAUUUGUCAUUGGAGCAAAGAAGGCAGGUGAUCAACAAGCUGCCACAGUGCCACAAGUUGACGAGCAUAUGUCUACCCUUUUCCCUAUAUUUCCAAUUGCACAAGUUGAUGACUAUCUCUCUCCCAUGGCACCACAAGUUGAUAUCUCUGCCUUCGUGUCACAUGCCGAUGAGAACCAUGAGAUAUUUGACGGGAUACUGAAUUCUUUGCCAGAGAUACCAGUAGCCAAUGUGAGGUAUUCUGACUUCUUUGAUCCAUUCGAUGAUGGUAUGGACAUGGCAAACACUCUGAACACCAACCAGUCUUCUAACCUGCAUGUCACUGAUGAGAAGUCUGGGCAUUCCUUGUUUCCCAACCCAAAGUCUGGGCCUCAGAUGUGAGACGGCCAGGGAAGUGGUAUUUCAUAGCAUGCUCUGCCUCUGUAUGAAACUACGAAACCCCUGCCCUGACGCCAUUGUUGUACAUCCAAAUAAUUGGUGUCCUUGUUUUGAUGCUGUAUAUGCUUAACUGCUACAUGCUGUUUUAUGUGUAAAAUGUUUUUUAUCACAACCCCAACUGGAGGUUUAAUCAGACACAACGUUGUAAUUGUCUUCUGUUCGAACAGUUCAGAGAUGUAAUUGCUGUUUCGGUA